AUGGUUGACUUACAGGGGAAGGUGGCUUUAAUCACCGGUUCAUCGCGCGGGAUUGGGCGUGGGUGUGCGAUUGAGAUGGCGACGUGCGGUGCCGAUAUUGUCAUCAACUAUCGAACCCAUCCCGAUGAAGCGGAAGAGGUCGCUGAAAUCGUCCGAGGACUAGGGCGUAAUGCCAUACUCCAAGUCGCUGCACGCCACAUGGCAGAACGCGGCGAAGGUGGAAAGAUCUUGAUCAUCAGCUCCGUCCACGCCUUUAUUCCCUUUGCACGUUCUGUUGCGUACAAUACCGCGAAGGCGGGCAUCAACCACAUGGGAUACACAAUGGCGACAGAACUCACCGAGCAUCGUAUCAACGUCAACGUCAUUGAACCGGGGUGGACUGACACACCGGGUGAGCGGAACUUUGCAACGGAGGAAGAACUGAGAGAGGGUGGCAAAAAACUACCGUGGGGCAGACUGGGAACGAUUGAGGACAUCGGAAAAGCGGCGGCGUUUCUCUGUUCCGAUGCGGCGGACUAUAUUACCGGUGCCUGUUUGCGGGUGGAUGGAGGCUUCUGGCUGCCGAGCCAGAACGAAGAUAUGCGCGUGCCUUUCCGCGAAAUUUCGCUCCAUCCCACGCAGUCAUUUAACGGUGAAAUGGAAACCAAUGAACCGCUGCGUGUUUAUGACACAAGCGGACCGUGGGGAGAUGAUGUACAAUCAUGUGAUAGCGAGCAGGGACUAACCCCGUUGCGAGCGGAUUGGAUUCAAGCGCGCGGCGAUACUGAAGAAUAUGAGGGGCGCGAUGUCCAACCACAAGAUAACGGUUAUCUGACCCGCGGUCACGAACAGUACGCCAGCCGGCAUGAAAAACAGAAAGGUCGUUUGGAAUACUUUCCGGGGCUAGGAAAAAAACCGCUUCGCGCAAAGGCAGGCGGAUGUGUCACCCAGAUGCACUAUGCCAGACGAGGGAUUGUUACACCAGAGAUGGAGUUUAUCGCCAUCCGUGAGAAUUUGGGAAGGGCUGAAGCGUAUGAGGCACUCAUGGACGCAAACGAUGCCGCUCAAAUUGCCGAAUUGGAAACGUUGGGCGAACUCACGAAGAUCGCUUGGGAAUCAGACUGUCAGGUAAUGAUUGAGGGUCCUGGACACGUACCGAUGCAGCUGAUUAAAGAGAAUAUGGAUCUGGAGCUCAAGCACUGUUAUGAUGCGCCAUUCUACACCCUCGGUCCACUGACAACCGAUAUAGCCCCCGGCUAUGACCAUAUCACCAGCGCAAUCGGCGCAGCGAUGAUUGGUUGGUUCGGUUGUGCGAUGCUCUGUUACGUUACACCGAAAGAGCAUCUGGGACUGCCGAAUAAAAAGGAUGUUAAAGAUGGCGUCAUGGCCUACAAGAUUGCGGCGCACGCUGCAGAUCUCGCUAAGGGGCAUCCCGGUGCCCAAGAGCGCGAUAAUGUCGUCUCAAAGGCGCGUUUUGAGUUCCGGUGGGAAGAUCAGUUCAAUCUGAGCCUCGAUCCGGAAACCGCUCGUGAAUUCCACGACGAAACCCUGCCGCAAGAGGGCGCGAAACAAGCACACUUCUGCUCGAUGUGCGGUCCGCAUUUCUGCUCCAUGAAGAUCACGGAAGAUGUCCGUCGGUAUGCGCGGGAAAAGGGUGUCACCGAUGAGGACGCACUCCGACUAGGCAUGGCUGAAAAGAGCGAUGAGUUCAAGGAGUCGGGUUCAAAGGUAUACUCCUCCGCUGCGGAUUAA